CAUUUUAUCACGAAGUCUGUGAGUUCCAAUUUGUCCUGGGCAUGACAUUAAAAGGCCCAAGUCAUUAUGAAUAUAUGUACACAUAGGGUGAGCGGUACAACAGGGCAUUCAGAGUCUGUCUGGACGCCUGACGGUGCGCCUGAGCUAAGCUUGAUGAGAAACUAUCUGUUUAAAGAUACCGUCCUCGAUGGGAAUGUUAUAUUCGGAGUUUUCUCUAUACGGUUUAACUCGGGCGCACUGUAACUUUAGUUGUAGGAUCUUUUCUGAAGGAGACAAGCGUGAUAGUAAGGGACUCAGCUAGCUAAAUGAGUCGACUUUGCUCCGGAGCCAGCGUUGGGGACUCGGCCCCAGAAGAUUUACAUUAGGAACACAUGGUAGGCGAUUUAAUUGAGGUAACUUUCAGGGGUUUGGGUUACUUAUGCCUAUCGUGGGUUUCUUUAAAUGCAACUAUGCGACGGCAGAUGUGCCGGUGAGUGGGAUGGUCACGCCUGCCAGGGAUAGUCAAAUAUCCUAAAAACUCACACCGCUCAUUUUUUCCAUUGUUGGGUACUUAUAUUGAAUGACAAACACGAAAGGAUUCACUGGUGCUUUGUGGUUAGAGUAAGGAGUUACUAGGGCCGCAGCCUAUGAAUGCACCGAUUGAUGCCCGCGAGCGUCAUCAUACGAGUGCCGUGGCGGGGAAGUCAUAAACCCGCCAUUGCCUUUCAUCAAGAACAAAUACGACGCCAGUACAAAGGUUGACAAAAAUGUCGUAAAAUUAAGCAAUCGGGUAUUGUCUAUUUGGGUGAGGACCUUUCGAUGAUAGCUGUAGAGGGCAACCCCAGCAUCGCGUCGAAUGGAGGUCACUAGAUCAUAUGUAUCACAUAGACUGAUAUUGCGGAAAUCCUUAGGGACUGGCUUGGCGGUCAAAUAAUGUUCUUGACCAUAGUCACGAUCAGGGUUGGAUGUGACUAUGUAUCCCCGCUCCACAUUUCGAAACUUUUCGAGAAUUGCACCGGGUGCAUCGAUGUUGGAAGGGGGGAUAGGUAUCCCAGCUGUUUGUAAACUUUCAAAGUUAUGUAUCAGUUGGGAUGGAUGGAGAGGUGUUUUUCAAAUUGCCUUGGUGGUGCGAGCUCACACAAUUUGUUCACCUCUUCUAGAAAUUUUUGGCGACGGAUUUUGUGUAGAUAUGUGAAACUUUCUAGCUGGUUUAAGAAGUGCUAGCCUUUUUCUAGAUAGUUUUGGAAUCUACAAUCUUGCUUCGGCCUCGAAGAAUUACCGUUCUGCUUUGCUUUGUGUGUGUGCGUGAUGU